AUGUCGCAACAUAACAUCGACAUUGAGAAAAUGGACAGACCCAGCUCGUUGGAUAUCUCGAUAGAUCCUCAGGCGCAGCAGAGUGAUAUUUCACGGUUGUCUGUAUCUGGAGGCGGAAACUUGUCUCUCGCCGAUGUACAGGCUGUUCAUGUUCGACUUCAUGACUUGGCAGUUUCAGUUGAUACAGCACCAUCAUGGCUAGCCCCUUCGACAUACGGCGACUUAGUCUCGUCAAAAUUCAGCACUGCGCCAAAGAUGAAACCGCUUCUCCAUUCCGUGAGCGCUGAUCUUCAACCCGGAACGUUAACGGCCAUCAUUGGAGGUAGUGGAUCAGGCAAGACGACGCUGCUCAACACUGUAGCCGAGAGAGUAUUGAGUUCGAGAUUAACCCAACAAGGUGUCGCUACUUUCAAUGGCAGAGUUGGAGUACAUAGUGUCCGCCAUGCCUAUGUUAUGCAGCAGGAUAUCCUGCUCCCUACCCUGACCGUUAGAGAAACCCUGCGAUACUCAGCCGACUUGCGACUACCCCCGUCAACCACUUCCGAAGAACGACAUAGGGUUGUUGAAGAGGUUAUUCUCGAACUUGGUCUCAAGGAAUGCGCCGAUACGAGAAUCGGAAACUCUCAACAUCAUGGAUGUUCAGGUGGCGAGAAGCGACGAACGAGCAUUGGCGUUCAACUUCUAGCUAACCCUUCCGUCCUCUUCCUCGACGAACCGACCACCGGUCUUGACGCUACGAGUGCGUACCAGCUUGUCCGAACACUAAAGACACUCACGCAAAAGGGACGAACGAUUAUCACGACUAUUCACCAACCUCGAUCUGAGAUUUGGGAUCUCUUCGACAACUUGAUCGUUCUAACGAAAGGAAGUCCUGUCUACUCAGGUGCAAUCAAGGAAUCGGUUCCGUGGUUUGGAGAUUUGGGAUUUCAACUACCACCUUUUGUCAAUCCAGCCGAGUUUAUCAUCGACAUAGCAGCUGUGGACAACAGAACACCUGAGUUGGAACAGGAAACAAUGGCCAAGGUGGAUCGCUUGAAGAAUGCUUGGAAUCAGGAGACUUUAAAGCGAUACCCUCCGCCUGAGAAGACUGUCGACGUUGGCGAUGGCAAGAAAAAGAGGGAUAAGAAGACCGAAGAGCAUGCAGGCUUCCUACGACAAGUUACAGUUCUCACUGACCGUACACUCAAGGUGACAUAUCGUGACCCUCUCGGUAUGGCAGCAUCCAUCUCAGAAGCUGUGUUCAUGGGUCUCGUGACCGGCUACAUGUUCUACCAGCUCGGUCGCGACCAAGCUGGAAUCCGAUCCCGUCAAGGUGGUCUCUAUACGGCAGCCGGUCUUCAAGGCUAUCUCAUCCUUGUCUUCGAAGUCUACCGCAUGACAUUCGACAUUCCCACCUUUGAUCGUGAAAACUCGGAAGGAUGUGUCGACGCUCUCCCCUUCGUUCUCUCACGCCGAAUAGCCCGUAUGAUCACAGAAGAUGUGGCAGCACCAUUUUUGUUUUCUGUCAUCUUCUACUUCAUGGCUGGUUUUGAGCGUGAUGUGGAACGGUUCUUUAUCUUCUUUGCUAUUACGCUGCUGAACCAGUAUAUUGCCGUCACUUGUGCCAUGGUUUGUGUGGCAACGGUCAGGCACUUUGCUGGGGCGAGUGUUAUUGCCAAUCUGAUCUUCACACUUCAAAGUAUGGCUUGUGGCAUGUUUAUUAAUGUUAACAGUCUUCCGGUCUACGUUCGUUGGUUAAAGUGGCUUACUUACACGUUCUAUGUCUUCAGCGCAUAUUGCGGAAACGAGUUCGAAGGAAGCUUCUACGACUGUCCCGUCUCUAAUGACCCAUCUGAUCCAAGAUGUAAGCAAUACACGGGAUCAUACGUCAUGGCAUCUCUCGGCUUCCCCAAGGAUUGGGUGGCUAAGCCGAUUCUUGUAUGCCUAGCCUUUCUUGUGUUCUUCUUCGUGUUGGCAGUUGUCGGAUUACACAUUAUCAAGGUCGAGAUGACGAUUGCUCGAGCUCGCGUUUCGGACACUGAUCUGUCAGCUGGUAAGGAGAAGAUGAAUGCAAGGUCUGUUGCAGAUGUGCGCACCAUCGACUUGGAGUUGAACGAGUUUUCGUUGGCUUUGGACAAGAGGACGCAGCUAGGAAAGAAGUUGCCUACAAAAACAAUCUUGAACCCUGUCAAUGCGACUUUUAGUGCCGGAGUGUUGAACGUUAUCAUGGGUCCUUCGGGCAGUGGCAAGACAUCGCUGCUCAACGCCAUGGCUCUCCGACUGCGCGAUUCUGUUGGAACGAAAUACCGGCCAGCUGGAAAGCUGACCUUCAAUGGAGCUCUUCCUUCAGACUCGGUCAUUAGAUCGGUGUGCUCAUAUGUUUGUCAGGACGAUGAUGCGCUGCUACCAUCACUCACCGUUCGAGAGACACUUCGCUUUGCAGCUGGACUUCGUCUUCCAUCAUUCAUGAGCAAGGAUGAAAAGAACCGUCGAGCAGAAGAGGUUCUCCUCAAGAUGGGUCUGAAAGACUGUGCCGAUAAUCUCGUGGGCGGCGAACUCGUCAAGGGUAUCUCUGGAGGAGAAAAGCGCCGUGUAUCAAUCGCCGUUCAGGUUCUGACUGACCCCCGCAUUCUCCUCCUCGACGAACCGACCUCAGGACUUGACGCCUUCACCGCGAACUCAAUCAUGGAAGUGCUCCAAGGUCUCGCCAACGAAGGCCGAACCCUCAUCCUUACAAUCCAUCAAGCCCGAUCCGACCUAUUUAGGGAAUUUGGAAAUGUCCUGCUUCUGGCACGUGGUGGUUCGCAGGUUUACUCUGGCCCUGGAAGGGAUAUGCUUGGAUAUCUGGCGCGUCACGGGUAUGAGUGUCCACAGCAUACUAACCCUGCGGACUUUGCCUUGGAUAUGAUCACGAUUGAUUUGCAACAUGAAGGGAAGGAGUUGGAGUCUCGGAAGAGGGUUCAGAAUAUGAUUGAUAAUUGGAAAGAGGAGAACUCGUCGACGAAGAAUGAGAAGAUUUCUGAUAUCCAGGAGAACGAUGAGGUUAAGAAUACGGAAACCGACGCAACUCAAGAGGGCACAACUCUUCCGCCUUCACCACCACAAAAGCGUCGAUCGUUCAACAAGGCCAACCUCUCAACUCCCGCUGAACUGGGAGCCCUCAUCCGCAAACGAGCUCCCAUCACAACAGCUCUCCCUCUCCUUCUCCACCGCGCCGUCAUCAAUACCUACCGCCAACCAGAGCUCAUCGUCGCUCGUCUCAUGCAAGUCAUCGGCCUCGCCAUCAUCUUGGCUCUCUUCUUCGCCCCAUUCGACAACGACUACUACUCCGUACAGAGCCGUAUGGGUUUCGUCCAAGAGAUCGGCGCAUUCUACUUUGUCGGCAUGUUACAAAAUACCGCCAUUUACCCUACCGAGCGCGAUGUGUUUUAUAGAGAGGAUGACGAUGGCGUCUAUAGCGUUGACGCCUUCCUUGCUUCCUACACGAUUCUUGAGGUCCCUUUUGAGGUUAUAAGCUGCAUGAUCUUUGGUGUCCUGGGUGUCAUCGCAGUUGAUCUCCCGCGCACGGCAACACUCUACUUCGUUUCCGUCUUUGCUUGCUUCGGCAUCGUAUCCUGCGGUGAGAGUCUUGGUAUCAUGUUCAAUACUCUCUUCGGGCAUACCGGCUUUGCCGUUAACAUCAUGGGUGUCUUCCUGGCACUCGCCAACACCAUGGCCGGCGUCCUCUCCAUCGACAUGCCCGAUUUGUUCAAGGCGUUCAACUACCUCUCGCCCAUCCGAUAUGGUACGCGCGCCGUGGCACCAUACUCACUACGUGGUAUUGAGUUCACGUGCAAUAAUGAGCAAAGACUUGAGAACGGGCAGUGUCCGGUCCAAACGGGCCAGGAUGUGCUGGAGUUGUAUAACUUUGAUGUCGAUCCUGUUGUGAACGUUGCAUGUUUGGCGGCUUGUGUGGUUGUCUACAGGUUUUUGGCAUGGGGGUUGUUGAGGAUUGCCAGGACGCAUUGGAAAGGGAAGAAGAAGGAUAAGAGGGAUAAGACCACAACAUCUGCAUAA